AUGAAGACUCCACAUACAUGUGGGAGGAUGAGCUUUGCGAGGUGGAUGGCUAUAAAAACUAAGCAAACUGGAAAGGAAUCUGAUAGGCUGAAAACUUUUGAGGAUACACAUACAAGAAAGAAUGGGACAUAUGUGAAUGAGUAUGCAACAAACCUUAUUGAAAAGGCGCAUACUCUUCGACAUGAAGGGUCUGCUGAUAAUGAACAAAUCUUUCAGAAGCUACAUGGUCCAGAGCAUCCUGGGAGGGUUCGUUGUGCUGGCUUGGGACCAACCCCAUCGACCUAUUUUGUGUCGUCUUCUUCCUCAGCUUCAACAAAUUCUACCACUACAUCGUGCUCUACUGAGGUUGAGCUGAGAAGUGAAGUGGUGGAACUGAAAAGUGAGGUUGUAGAAUUGAAAAGCGAAGUGGGUCGGUUGGGAAGUGGGAUGGAACAGCUGCAAAUGGAAGUAGACAUACUUAAGGCAUUGUUCUUGCAACAUCUUCGUAGGGAGAAUGGGCCAAUUGAGGGUUCAUUCCGUGCACUAUCUUCAUCAAGCCAAAGUGUUACACGGGGUUGA